AUGUUCUCGUCUGUUUUCUUGACUGCUCUUGUCGCGGCCGGUAGUGCUCACGCUGCUGUGUCCCAAGGCUCUUGGGGCGUUCGCGCUGACUUCUCUCGCUGCGACAGCACUACCGCACUAGAGGCUGUCCUCGAAGGAGCCACCAGCCAGUCUUCUCCGUCAGCCAACAUCACAGACUUCGACAUCGCGUCGCCUUUCGACGGCCGUCUGAUCAUCAAAGUCGCCGGCGCUGUCGGAUACGGCUCACCGUACCCGCCCCAACAAGUUGGUGUCGAAAUCUUUGCCGAAGCAACUGGAGGAGACCCCGGCGUAUGGGGCAAUGCUACGGUGACGCCUGGGACCGGACAACCGGCUUCCGUCGCGCAGAUUUCUUGGAACACGCGGAACGAUAUCACGGUUGAGCCGGCCGAGAACGAGGAAGUCUCACUUGAGACCAUUUUUGAUGGCGGCAGCCUGGUUGUGUACUACUGCGGAGUUCCAGAAACUACCGGACCCAGUGCAUAG